AUAACAUACGAGCAAUGUGAAAUUUCCUCACGCGACGGUGCUGCGUAGCUUCUCUCGCCCCCCUACGUUGGAAUUGUGCACCACAACAACAGAGGCGUCGCUUUGAAAUGACGCCAGUGGUCAGAAAAGUUCUUGGCGACCAGCUUCAUGCACACUUGUGAAAGGAGAAAUUUGCUCAAAUUAUCUUAGAUCGGCAUAGUGAAAUGUGUGAUUAUUGUGUGAACAGUGAACACACUGAUCAUGUUCAUGAGUUCUCAGAACAAUUAGGUGACAAAUAUCAUAUGCAACAUUUAUUCCCUUAAAGUGUGUAGAUUUUCAAACAAUCACAUUGUGAUUUUCCAGGAAUGUUGGUGAAAAUAUAAACGAUGGCAGAGAUUUAUAGAAAGAAAAAAAAAACAUUUGGUCUAAUGACAGCUCGUAUCUUGGAAAUCUGGUAGGUCAGGUCAUUUGUGUCUCGAGGCACCACAAAUCGACAAUAGCCAAUGCUUAAUCACAGUGAAGGGCUUUUCGGUGGUCGUUUGAGGAACUCUUGGCCCAUGAUAGCAUAAUCCCUUUUGACAAAGUGUUGAAGCGCGUGUGUAACGAGGUCAGAGCGAUGUGCCUUCUGAUGUUUUUUUAUGACUAGAAACUAUGCUUUAUUCCAUGUCUAUGAUGAGCGCAACAGGUAUUGUUGGCGGGGCGGGACGAAGGCGGCGGGACGAGGAGGUCGGCGAGGACAUGAGCGGCGUGGAGUGCUUCGGCUGCGGCCGAGCCGGACACUGGAUCAAAAACUGUCCCGACGUGGCAAGGGGACACCGGGGCAGGGGACGACCCAGGCCCAAAGACAUGUUCUGCUAUCGCUGCGGGGAACGAGGACACGUGGCCAGAGACUGCGAGAGAACGGAAGACGCGUGCUACAACUGCGGGCGUGCGGGUCACAUCUCCCGGGAGUGCCAGGAGCCUAAGAAGGAGCGCGAGCCGCUGUGCUACAACUGCGGCAAGGCGGGUCACAUGGCGCGAGAAUGCAAUCACGCGCACGAGCAGAAGUGCUACUCGUGCGGCGGAUUUGGACACAUCCAAAAGUGCUGCGACAAGGUUAAAUGCUACAGGUGCGGCGAGAUCGGCCACGUGGCCAUGCACUGCAAGCAAGCCUCCCAGCUCAGCUGCCACAACUGCGGCAAGACGGGCCACUUGGCUAAGGAGUGCACCGUCGACCAGGAGGCCUAGCGCUUGCCCACUCACCCGCUCGCACGAUCGCGCGCCAUCUUGGGUGCACCGCUUUGGGAGCACCUUUGGACCGAUCCAUAUCAUCAGCGCCAGCAGGGGCUACAAGCGAACGGGGACUCGAAAAACCACAAACUGUUUGGCAUUUAGAACAAGGAGAUGCAUUUCCAUCAUCGGAUGUCAGGCGUCGCUUAUCAAAUGACGUGCGGUGGCACCUGGAAAUGCAAGCGUCUCACUAAGCUGAUUUUUAGUUUGUUUUUCUUUGGGACUUAAGAUACGAUGAACAUUUUCGAUAUGCUUCAGGCCCUCAUCACUUGACGCCAGCAGCAAGCAAUCUGUUCACAUUGGUUGCCUUAAGCUGGGAUAACGAGACAAAUUGGUGACACGAAUGCACCGUGAACUUGCUUUGCUAACCUUUCAAGAAAUUGCCCAGGAGAAAAACGACAAGAACAAAACAUUGGGUACCCUCGUGUUUUUAUGCCCACUGGUUGCAUAUACAGUAUGCAGUUUGGGUGGCAGAGAAGCGUAUUGCAAAACAACACUAUCUCAAUUAAUUUAAGAAAAAAAUAUUUUUUUCUGAAUGCGUUUUAAAAAAAAUAUAUUUUUAAUGUUUUCCAAAUUUGGGGAUUUUACUUGGUUUUAUUUUUUUGAGUUUGUUCACAUUUCAUUCCUUUAUUGAAAGCUCGUUAAAGAACCUUACAGAAACUUUUAAGAACCCUUCACUUGUAGGAGAAAAACUUUAACAGGGUAUGAGGGGGAUUAAUUAUUUGUCUCUUAUAUAUAUUAUUUGUUUCUAUUUUUCACAAUGAUUUUGUUUUUCAGAAUUUUUCUUUCUGGGAUUGGAGCACAUUCAAAACAACAUACACAUGUAUUCAUUCCUUAAUGGACAGCUUGCAUACAAAUGACCUUACAGAUAUGUAUAGCAUUCACUAAGAAAAAAAAACAUUAGUUUUAUUUUCCCUUUAAGAUUGAUUUUUUUUCUGGAAUUACAUUUUUCAAAAGAAAAAUCUGAAAGGCCGGGAAAAAAAUUGUACAACAGUAACUGCUGAAAAAAACGUAUUUAUGAAAAGAAACAAACAAAAAAAUAACUAAGAAAAUAACUUUAAUUAGAAGCAGUUUUUCUAAUGAAAACACUUUUUUUGCGGCGGGGAUAGGUUAAUUGCAUUUGCAUUCAUUCCGAUGGGAUAUGGAAUCAUGUGAAUUGUGUUCUGAUUCAUAAAAGCAAGCAGCCAAUCAGAUCACACCUUCACGGUGUUGAGGACCCAAUCACAGCAGCAGUCCUGAAAAAAAAAAUCAUCCCCCCUCAGGUGCUUUUCCCUGCUGUCAAAAGGCAAAUGAAAACAUUGUGAUAUUCGGUUGAAGUUGAGCAAAUGUUAUUUUUGUACAAUUUGACACAUGGCUGCAAAAUGUCAUUUGUUGAAGCUGGCAAUAAAGUGAAGGAGGAAUGUCUGA